AUGAUGAGGAUGAGGAAUAGUAGUGGUAGUAAUAAUCACAAGACAAAUGGUCUUUCUUCCAUCAUGAAUGGAGGAGGUUCAGCUGCUUGUAGAUCUGAGCCUGGUUCAAAGGAAUGGGAAAUGAGGCCAGGGGGAAUGCUGGUCCAGAUGAGAACCGCUGACUCGGAUCGGAACUCGGUGCUUGUUCCCACAAUUAGAGUUAGGGUCAAGUAUGGUUCAAUUUACCAUGAAGUCAACAUUAGUUCUCAAGCUACAUUUGGGGAGUUGAAGAAGAUGUUGUCAGGGCUAACUGGAUUACACCAUCAAGACCAAAAGCUGUUUUACAAAGACAAGGAGAGGGAUUCAAAGGCUUUUCUUGACAUGGUUGGGGUCAAGGAUAAAUCCAAGAUAGUUCUAGUGGAAGACCCUAUUAGUCAAGAGAAGAGGUUGUUAGAGAUAAGGAAGAAUGCUAAGAUGGAGAAAGCUGCAAAGUCGAUCUCAGAAAUCAGCUUGGAAGUAGACAGGCUUGCAGGGCGGGUAUCAGCCUUUGAGUCAAUUAUUAGCAAAGGUGGGAAAGUUGUGGAAACAGAUGUUCUAAAUCUGAUUGAGUUAUUGAUGAACCAAUUGCUUAAAUUGGAUGGCAUAAUGGCUGAUGGGGAUGUGAAAUUACAGAGGAAAAUGCAGGUAAAAAGAGUUCAAAAGUAUGUUGAAACUCUUGACUUGCUGAAGGUUAAGAAUUCUGUGCCUAGUAGCAAUGGAGACCAUGCUCCAUUACAGCCUCAACAGAAGCAUUCAAAUGGGCAAAGGUUGGGAGCAGUUCAAGACCAACAACAAAAGCAUUCAAAUGGACAUAAUAGGUUAGCCUUAGCACCAAUUCAGGAGCAGCAACAAGAACAACCAAGGAACUCAAAUGAGAAUUCUCUAGCACUUUAUCAAGAGCAACAACACCAAACCUCAAGGAAUUCCACCUCAGAAGUUGUGGUUACCACAAAUUGGGAGUUGUUUGAUUCUGCUCCACCAUUAAUCCCUGUGCAAUCCACAUCCCCACCCCAACCCCCCCCAGUGACUAAUAAUUCAGGUCCUCCCAAGUUUAAUUGGGAAUUCUUCAACUGA